AUGGAUAGGAAUAACAUGGACCCUUGGUCCUUUGCCCUCAAUUUCGAUGACAGCGAUAAAUCGUCGGAUAACGAGAGCCACUCCUCGACCAGAUCCUCGAGCCGCUCCAGUGACACCAGCAGCGAAAGCUCCGUGGAGAAGGAGCCAGCCACCGUAAUUGAGAGCCAGUCUGUCCCUGGCGGCAGCUACGAUAUUAUCACCAAGAGCAACAUGCUGCAAUUUGUGCAGAAAAUCGAUGCAAAUUCCUCGCUGGACGAUCAAGGCUGCGAUUUGAUGGCCAGAAUAGCCGAUUCCUUUGUUAACGACGUCUCCAUGCGCAUGGUCAAGUUGGCCAAGUACCGAAAGAGUGACGUUAGCGUGAUGGACCUUAAGUUCAUCCUCAAGCGGGAGUUCAACAUGGAGUUCCCCAUUGAGUAAAGGGAAAAAUAAUGUAAAAUUUGAAAAUU